CCACUCUCUCUCUCUCUCUAAUAGCACUGAUUCGCCCCCUCCAUGAAAACCUAGCCGGUUCUUGAUCUGUCUUCCAGAAUGUGGUCGUCAAGGUUGAGACUCUCUUGGGGUUCCUAGGAACUAGCAUCAAUUGUUAUUUAGAUAGGUAAUGCAAGUGGUUGAUGGGUGUUGUCACUCCAUAUUGAAAUGAGAAAGGAAGGUCAGCUAGAUUACCUAUUCUGAUAUGUCGUUGUUAGUAAAUUGUACUGGAGUCAGCAUUACAAUUUGGUGUUAGUAAAUGGACUCAGCAGGUUACUCUAUACUGGAGUCAGCGGUACAAUUUGGUGUUAGUAAUUUGUUUGUAUGUCUGUUGUAAUUUGUGGGUAGUGCUCCAGCUUCAGUGUUAAUUUUGUAGUUAGACAGACUGAUAACAGGUCGAGAGAGAGGGAGAGGAUUGUCACUAGGGUCAUCAUCUCGAUUUGCACUGCACUAUCCUAGACUAUCAUUAGUUUAUUUUAUUUUUCUCGACAGAAUUAGUAUAAUUAUUAGUCUAUUUCUUGGUAUAAAGAAGGACCAAAUCCCAGUCAAGUGCAUCCAAAGAUUCAGUCAGACACGAGAUUCUUUCCUUAUUUUCAGAACUGCAUUGGGGCAAUUGAUGGGACACAUGUUCCCAUAACAAUUUCAGGAGAAAAAGCCGCACCAUUCAGAAAUAGGAAAGGGACCCUAAGCCAUAAUGUUAUGGUCGUGUGCGACUUCGACCUGAACUUCACCUUCAUUUCUUGUGGCUGGGAGGGAUCUGCUACUGAUGCUAAAGUUCUCCGGUCAGCACUUAACAGUGGGUUUCAUGUACCUCCGGGCAAGUUUUAUCUGGUUGAUGGUGGUUAUGCCAACACACCUUACUUCUUGGCACCGUAUCGUGGUGUUCGGUACCAUCUGAAGGAGUUUGCACGCGGUCGUCGUCGACCCCAAAAUCACAGGGAGCUAUUCAAUCUCUGGCAUGCCGUGUUACGAAAUCACGUCGAACGGGGAUUAGGAAUCUUGAAGAAGCGGUUCCCAAUCCUAAAAGUGGGCACGCAUCAUCGAAUAGAGAACCAAGUCAAGCUACCAGUAGCGGCGGCAAUCUUACAUAACAUCAUCCGAUCUGUAAAAGGAGAUGAGCGUUGGUUAGAUAACCAACCAAACAAUGUACCUGUCAUGAAUUUUGUUGAUCUUCCUGACGGUGAUAUUCCUCAAAAUCAUCAAAUCAACCAUGAAGGCGACAACCUUAGAGAUGCCAUUGCUCAUCAAAUGUGGGCUGAUUAUCAACAUGCAUAACUUGUCAUUUGUAGUGUAGUAGUAAUAAGUAUAGUGUAGAAGUUUAUGUUUUUUUUCUGUUGUUCAUGUCAUGAAUAUUGUUCAGAAGUCACUAUGAUGACUGCUCGAGGGUCACCAAGGUUGAGCCUCCUCAAAAAAGCUGUCGAAAGGGAUAGAGCAUCACCUCCUACAAGCAGUGUGACAAAGAGGAGGAGAGGGUCUCCCGAAGAAGAUAGAGCACAGUGGAAUGCAAGCCUUGAGAAAGAUCUUGUGGACUUGCUUCGUGAGCAUGCUACACCUGAACAUAAGGGUCAAAAUGGAUGGAGCUCAGAAGCAUGGAAUACGAUAGUGAAGAAAUUCCACCAGAAGAAUCCUUAUGCUAGGUACGAGAAGAAGAAAAUCCAAGAAAAGGAAAAAGAGUUAAAAAAAGAAUACAAGAUGAUCAAAGAGAUAAGGAAGCAAAGCGGCGUUUCACGGGACGACCGGCAGUGCAAGAUUCUAGCGGAUCCACCACUUUGGAAAAACAUCAUCAUAUCACACCCUAAAGAUGGAAAGUUCAAGACCAAAGCCUUCCCUCUUUUUGAAGCUUUGGGAGAAUUGCAUGAUGGUCAAACUGCAGAAGAGACAUAUAACUUCACCUCUAACGAGUCAUCACAUUGCUCAACCCAAUCACAUCUCGAGAAUCUUGGAGGAGCUGGCAAGAAUCAAGGAGAAACAUCAGCUGAUGGUGAGAAUCUUGGAGGAGAAAGGGUGCAGAUUGAUGAAGAUGUUGAGGAGGUGUACGUGCAAGAAAACAUUGCUGUGGAGCCCCAGCAAACUCAACCAAAUUUGGCUACUGCACCCUCAAGAAAUGGAGAAGAGAAAGAACCAAAGAGAAGGAGGCGGGCGAAUGGUGAUGUGGCUGCAAUGAUGGAGAAGUACUUGGAAAUAAGGACGAAGCAGGUGGAGGAUGAGAGGAAUAAGCCAAGGGUCGUGGAUGAGUACUCUAUCAAAAACUGCAUUGAUCUGCUGAAAACAAUGGACAUCACCCUGAAGAAGAAGUCAAGGCUUUCCGAGUCUUCAAGAUCCCCGAGAACCGAGAGAUUUUCAUGAGUGCCAGACCGGAGACUGCUCUUAUGUGGCUGAGAGCUGAAAUGGAAUAACUCAGGAGUUCUACAUAAGAAUGCUCCAGAAGAAGGGCGAAGGUGCCGCGACUUGGAUCUAUUUGUGUGUGCUUUUCAGUGGAAGGCUUCAUAUCUAUUCGCUGGGUUUUGUCCAUGUAAUAUUUGUAGAGAAACUAAACACUAUUUCUGAAACGACUGACUGUAGCGUGGAAGAAUUUGGGAGGAACUGAUAAUUAAGCUCUUGUGGUCUAUUCAACAUAUUAUAUAUUAUGUAUGCUCCAAAUUGCUAUUAUUUUUGUUAGUAUUUGUGCCCUGUUCAAAUCUUAGAAUUGUUGUUAUUGUUGGGAUAAUAAGUGUUUUAAACUGUCAGUGUUAUUGUCACUUCAGUC